AUGGCCACGGCAUUCCCCCCGCCCGUUUCCGGCGGGCGGAUGCUGCCGCCGGCGCUGCCUCGGGGCCCGGCGCCCAAAGGCGUGCGCCUGGAGAGGCACCCAGAGGUCGAGGAGCUUCUGGUGGCGGACGCCGACUUUGCUGUGGGCGACUUGGUGCUCUCGGAGAAGUUUCUGCUCUGCGGGCCUCCAGAGCUGCCGCCCUUGGCGAUGUUCCGGCCGCCGCCGCCGGAGGUGGGGACUGUGGAGAUCGCCGGGGACGGCUUUCCCAGCGCGGUGAUCUUCGACCAAGAGCACAUGAAGCUCUUGUUUGAGUACCAGAACUCUGAGCUGGAGGUGCAACAGGAGGUGCUGGCGAUGCAAGAUUCCAUGCACCCCAGCUCAGAGACGUAUUUGUCCACCUGGCGCGUGGCGGAGUGGCUCGUAGCCCAGCAGCUGCCGUGGCUGCAAGACCUCGACGUGGCGAGCCUGGCGAGGCUGCUGCGCUUGUUUUGCGUGAACUCCCACCCCUGCAAAGCGGCUGGCAACACCAGCGGCCUCUUAAAGUGGGGCACAAUGAUCAACCACUCCUGCUUGCCCAACGUGGUGUACUCCUCGGUGCAGGGCCCCGAGGACUUCGAGGGUCACUUCCGCGCGUGUCGCCCCAUCGCCGCUGGGGAGGUGCUGGGGGUGUCCUACAUGAAGCUCCAGGGGACUUUGGCGCCCAUGAACCUGCGGCGCCGCAUGCUGUGGUACCUCAAGGGCUUCGUCUGCCUCUGCCCGCGCUGCUCCCUUGAAGCGGCCGGCUUGGACCCAGCCAGGCGCCUGGUGUGCCAUGGCGGUUUGGCCGCGGAGUGCGGGGCCAUGGUGUGGCAGUACCUCCCAGGCUCCGAGCAGCACCGCUUCGCCUGCGCCUGCCGCGUCGAGUCCUCUGCGGACGUCGAGGCGCGCGAGCGGCGCGCGGCGCACGGCGCCCUGGGCGCGCUGUGCGCCCGCUGGACGAGCGCCAGCAGCGCGCGCGGGGCGCUGGCGGAGUUGCGGGAAGAGGCGAACUUCUUGCAUGAGGAUCACUUUGCAGUGCAAGGGCUGCGUCUGCUCUUUCUGGCCUUGGAAGCCGAUGAGUUCCUCUCCGGCAAGCGUUCUGAGGGAGGCCAGGAAUGGCUGCGUGAACUGCAACGGGUGGCGCAAUGGCAAGACCGGAUUCGUCCAGCGCAGCACGGCGGUAUGCUGCUGAUGCUCUCCUUUAAGAGCCUGGCGCCCGCGGUCCGGCUUUUGGCGACGGACGGGUUCGAGGAGCUGCGGGCUUUGGCCCGAGCGGUGCUGCGGAUGGACGAAGCCUGGGACGGCGAUCGAGUCACCACCUUGACGCUGCCUGAAGCGCCACCUGCUUGUGUCCCGCUGCCGAAGAGGGCGAACCUGCCCUCGCCGAUGGUGCUGACGCAGGACUGGCUCAUGAAGCACGCGCUGCCGCGGAACGACCUCUUCCUGGCGAAGCGCGUCUUGAUGGACCGCGCAGAUCUGACGGCUGCGGACCGGCAGGGCAACUCUGUGCUGGCAGUGGCUGUGGAGCACCAAUGCUCCCAGGAGAUGGUGGAGCUGCUCUUGGAGCGAGGCUGCCCUCGCUCCUCCAAAGGGCCCCUGGGGCCGCCCUUGGCCAUUGCCGCAAGAUGCGGCCGCCUGGAGGUGGUUCGGGUCCUCUUGGACUAUGGCUGCGACCCAGCAGAGAUUGAGGUGCCUGGGCAAAAGCUCUCGGAAGCGGCCCAGAGCCUCUUGGGCUACAUGGUGCCGCAGCCCUCGGUGCUGCGCCAGGGCCUCCCGCUGCGGCGGCUCCGGCGGGAGCUGGCGGUGGCGCUGCUGCCGCUGGCCACAGCAAUACUGCCCUCGGCUGCCCAGAAGGACUUAUACGACCAGCUCGUACAG